AUGUUGACGCCUACCGUUGCCUACCGAUAUCGAUGGCUGUACGCCAUCGGGAACACGCCUGCAACGAAUUUGGCACGAAGCAUCCCCCAUGGCCAAGAUGCGAGCUUACUUUCACUUGGCUGCGGUGAUUUGAGGAAUGUUUUGUACACUUCCUAUGUACAGCGGGGACUUCCUGACAGAAAACUGGACUUUACAUGCUGUGAUAUUGACGAAAAUAUCAUUGCACGGAACCUAGUCUUCCUGACUAUGAUAUUGGCUGAUGGAGAAGUCAUCGACAGCGAGGCACUCUGGGACAUAUACUACCACAUGUACUUGGACGAACAGACCGUAGAGCGCCUUGUCCGGCAUGUCAAGUCAAUAAUUCCCAUGCUGGAAUCGCUCGACUCUUUCACCACUAGCCCGUUUGGCUCAGUUAUCAAAAUUUGCGAUGAGGAUACCCUGCGUGAUGUUCGCGACUCUCUUCAGCGCAUUCUUGGCGCAGCAGAAAAGGAUGACAGAAGCAAGCAAGCUACCAAGCUAUCAACGAACCUCGCCCUAUCCAAGGGAGUCAUAGAGGAGGGCUCGAUGAUUCUAACAGGGAUGCGAUCAGCUGCCCCCCUCGCUCUUACAUCUAAGUUUGCCUUGCCUGAGAAUUUCCAACAUUACUGGAAAACGGGAGUUGCAAUGAUCCAAGGGAAGACUGCCAGGAUACCAAAUCCUAUGCUGGUUGGCCUGCUCUCCGACUGGGAACUUUUCCACUAUGGCAAUGACCCCCUGCUCAGUUUCCACCUCGCAACCGCAUUCACAGAUUUGCCAACGAAUUCUCCCCUGAAGCCUGAUGUUGAUGACGAGAAGCAUAAAAUUGCAGCAGCAGCUAGGGUACAAUUCUUUGCAUGGGUUCAAGCUUUCAGAAACUUAAAGGACAGCGUGUGUGUCCGCCUUGUCAUUUCCGACGCUUUCGCAUUUAGUCAUACUCUCCAAUAUUGUGAUGCAGCCGGCGAAGUAUCCGCGAACUGGUAUAGGCGUCUGUGGGAUUCAAAAGUCCUCCGUUUGGACAAGGCAUCAUAUGGACGUGGUGGUAGUGCGCCGAUCAAAUUCGACGCCAUCGACACUUCCAACUUAUCGGAUCACUUUGAAGUCUUGAAUAUCCUUGUAUCUACAGCGCCUCUACUAAAAGCCACGCCUUGGACAACACUUUUUACGGAGCAGCUCCUGGACAACCGCAGAUCUGGCAAACAGUCUCUUGACCAGGUGUUACACGGCCCAUCGUCUACAGUAUCUCUGUUAUUGGGUCUUACCCCUUUGCAUGUCUGGACAAAUGCAAAGGCUGAAUCUCACGUGGAUGAGAUCUUUAUAUCGGCGAUGGGCAAAGCUGGCGGCACGACACAGACUCAGUUCCAUGUUCGUCUAGCAUGGAAGCGUGAAGACCAAUUUGGUGGUUAUGACAUGGAGCGACCCAAGCUGCACAUGAAAGUCAAAGACGUCGGCGAAAUUCUGUUUCAGAUGUAUUCUGAGAUGUUUGCAAACGAAAUGGACGAUGGUCACCGUGAUCCCUCUGGUAGGAGGGUCCUUCAUAGCUAUCCCCAUUUCCAUCGCGGAAGCUUCACUGCUUUACUCAAAGUCAUCCAGGGCCGAGUGAAGACUGAUUGGGAUACAGUGCUCAGCGGUUUGCUAAAGAGAAUAGAGGAAGAAAACAAUCUGCACAUGGCUGCGGAACAGAUACAAGAUUUUCGCCUCCAGUUAUCUCUCAAUAACCUCCAUACUACAACUAGGAUUGAUGACGACAAGUAUGAUGACGUCGUAGCGACGAUACCUCGUCAAGGGCCUCUCAGUGGAUGGAAGCAUCUCUCACCCAUGGUUGCCGUUACCUUGGUUGUCCCUCGAGAUGCCUUUGCUAAAUUAUUUCCUCAACCUAAGCCGGCAGCUCCAGUUCCGACCUUGAUAGGCACUCUGAAGUCUAGCGGCAAAAGUUCUAUGAGGAGACUCGACGUGUUUGAUGAUGUUCAUAUUGUUUUUGGCCGAGCGUCGACAACAGGCGACAUUUCUUCGGGAGACGCAAUCGUGAGCAUAGAAGAAGAUGAGCUUUGUUGGUCGGGAACAUCACCUUUGGUGGCGACCUUUUUGGUGCCUAUAGCUGCGCUGGUUGAGGAACCAGUAACGAGCUUGGUCGGCCUAGAGCUAACUACGGCUUCUUCUAGUACCGCUCUUAUGGCCAUAAUGCUGGGCAUGUCGAGUACGGUUUAUGAAGCAGCGUUGUCAGAUACGACAAGAGUGUUUGUAUCCAAGCUUAUGCCGGGCACGACAGCGCACAAGGUAAUGAGCGGUGGCGUAAAGCCAUUGAAUGAUGAUGUUGCCAAGGCGAGCAGUGAAGGCCCUAUGACAUUGAUGGCCGAAUUGGCCUCGAAUAAAAAAGCCAUUGAAUAUUUAACUGCACACUUGCAGAUUUCCUCAAAGAUGGGCAAAAAACUGUUACAGAAUAAGGCACCUAUCGAAUUACAGCAGGGUGAUCCCUUCACUAUCAACAUCGUGUUUGGCAAGAAAGAGUUGAUCUGCCCGCUCAGAUAUCCAAUUCCCGUGACAAGCAUCGGCAGCAAAACUCGGAUUGCUCGUACAUCUGGAUACAUCGAGGUGAUUGCCCCUCUGGCAGAUCCGAAGCAGAGCAAGGUCUUGGGAGAUUUUGUUUCUCCUACUGUGAUUGCGCCUCGCGGUCUUCCCGUGGCUGUUAAUAUGCCACAUCUCAACCUUGAUAACUUGCCCAUCAUUGAUUUGAAGGACAAGGGGCGCUUGUCAUGGUUGACAACACUGACAUCUCUGCAAUUCUCCGUAAAGGAGAGGCAGCUUAGAGAUGGAGUGGAUACGUCGGGAAUUGCAGCAGAUGUGCGAGUUAAUUUCAAGGAAUCUCUAUUUACCAUGUUUAUGGUGUCCUCUGGCGUACAAGGAAGUCAGACAGGCCUGAUUUUCAUCAAACACCCGCAAAAGGGCGGUAUUCAAGCAGUUAUUCUAGUAUCGGCUCUACGGUUGGAUGGCGACACGGCAUCGGUGGUGUUGGACGCCGCCAUCAUUCCCUUUUCAUUGAAAAUGUUGGAAUCCGAGGCGUUGAGGACAUUUCUAUACGAAUUGGAUCCAAUGGGAGGUUGCACGAUGAUAGUCAACGAUGAGGAGCUGGCUCUUUGGAAGAAGACCAUACCGUCUUUAGUAGAGCGAUGCCGUACUUGGAACCAUCUUCCAAAUUGCGAAUACAAAAAGGACGGCGCAACUGUACCGCUGAGCUUUGAGCAUGGAGAACAGUGGCUUUGCUCAUGUGGCAAUGGCCAUCUACCGAAUGACUUUGUUGGGCUACCUUUUUGGGAGAAGGCGGCAAAGUACGCGGUGCGGAUUGCAAUCAGCCCGAUGUACUCGGUCCCUUUUGUUGAGCCAGUCAUCGAUGAGAAGAAGUUGGUGGUGAAAGAAUCACCUGACGAGACCGAGCAAUGUAACACAUGUGGAAAGACGGAGCAAUUGGACGGGCUGAAGCUGAAGAAGUGCAAGGGUUACGUCUGCUUCAUCUUCGUCAAAGUCAUACACCAUGUCAAAAGAAGAGACAAGUCAAACCCCCACCACACCGCCUUUGACCCGGACAAGGCAGAAAAAAGUACCCAGCCCACCACUCUGAUUGCGGGUCGGUGCCAGGCAGAGGGAAGCUUGUCGAAAGCACGAUACUGCCACCACGGAGCCCACGAGAUUUAUAAUCGAUCCGGCGAGCUCAGAGCCAUCAAGAUGUCUGCGGCACAACUUCUCAACCCAAAGGCCGAGUCCCGAAGGAGGGGUGAAGCUCUGAAGGUCAACAUCAGCGCUGGCGAGGGUCUGCAAGAUGUGCUCAAGUCCAACCUCGGACCGCGAGGCACGAUCAAAAUGCUCGUCGACGGCGCCGGACAGAUCAAGCUUACCAAGGAUGGAAACGUCCUGCUGCGAGAAAUGCAAAUCCAAAACCCGACCGCCGUCAUGAUUGCUCGAGCCGCGACUGCCCAGGACGACAUCUGCGGCGAUGGCACAACGUCCGUGGUGCUGUUGGUGGGAGAGCUGUUGAAGCAGGCAGACCGAUACAUCUCGGAAGGACUCCACCCUCGCAUCAUCACCGACGGCUUCGAGAUUGCCAAGGCUGAGGCUCUCAAGUUCCUGGACUCCUUCAAGCUGGCCAAGGAGGUCGACCGCGAACUGUUGCUGAACGUUGCCCGAACAUCCCUUGCCACGAAGCUCAACGCGACAUUAGCAGCCAAGCUUACUCCCGAUAUCGUCGAUGCUGUGUUGGCCAUCUACCAGGCCCCUGCCAAGCCCGAUCUGCACAUGGUGGAGAUUAUGAAGAUGCAGCACCGUACCGCCUCAGACACGCAGCUGAUCCGAGGAUUGGCGUUGGACCACGGUGCCAGACAUCCCGACAUGCCCAAGAGACUGGAGAACUGCUACAUCCUGACAAUGAACGUCAGCUUGGAGUAUGAGAAGACCGAGAUCAACUCUGGCUUCUUCUACUCAAGCGCCGAGCAGCGAGACAAGCUUGUCGAGAGUGAGCGUCGUUUCAUCGAUGCCAAGCUCAAGAAGAUUGUUGAGCUGAAGAAGCAGGUGUGCGGUGACGACGGAACGAAGAGCUUUGCCAUCAUCAACCAGAAGGGCAUCGACCCUCUCUCCCUAGACGUCCUGGCCAAGAACGGCAUCCUGGCUCUGCGAAGAGCAAAGAGAAGGAACAUGGAGAGACUUCAGCUCAUCUGCGGCGGCAUUGCUCAGAACAGCGUUGACGACCUAACACCCGAUGUUCUCGGCUGGGCUGGUCUCGUCUACGAGCAAACCCUGGGCGAGGAAAAGUAUACCUUUGUCGAGGAGGUCAAGGACCCCAAGUCCGUCACUGUCUUGAUCAAGGGACCCAACCAGCACACCAUUGCCCAGGUUACAGAUGCUGUCCGAGAUGGUCUAAGAAGCGUCUACAACAUGAUUGUUGACAAGAGCGUCGUUCCCGGUGCUGGUGCUUUCCAGGUUGCCUGUGCUGCCCACCUCAAGAGCGAUGCCUUUUCGAAGACGGUCAAGGGCAAGGCCAAGUGGGGUGUGGAGGCUUUUGCCGAUGCUCUUCUCAUUAUCCCCAAGACCCUUGCUGCCAACGCUGGACAUGAUGUCCAGGAUGCCCUUGCUGCCCUGCAAGAUGAGUAUGCUGAAGGCCAGACCGUUGGCUUGAACCUGGAGACUGGAGAGCCGAUGGAUCCCGAGCUGGAGGGUGUCUUCGACUCGUUUAGAGUCCUGAGAAAUUGCAUUGCGUCAAGCUCAGGCAUUGCGUCCAACCUGCUGCUUUGCGACGAGCUGCUGAAGGCUCGACAGAUGGGCCGAGCUGCAGGACCGGGCCCGGGAAUGGACGGUCCUGAGGAAGGCAUGUAA